AUGGGCAGCAUCGCACCAGUACUUGCAUAUGAUGUUAACCAUCAGUGGGCAACUCCACAUGUCCAGCAUACGUUAAACUCAUGGUCUGAGUUGAAGAAACAUGUAAAGGCAGGUACCAUCUUUAUCGAUGGUCAAUCGCUAGAUGUUGCAUCAGUUGUUGCGAUAGCGAGAAACGGUGUUAGGCUAGCUCUUAAAGAGGACCAAAGUGUCAUUGAGGGUAUAGAGGCAAGUGUUGAAACCCUGCAGGGCUACCUUUCGAAGGGCUACUAUCUGUAUGGUGUCAAUACUGGCUUUGGAGGUAGUGCGGAUACUCGCACCCAGGACUUGUAUGGCCUCCAGCGAGGGUUGAUGCAGCUCACGCAGAGUGCCAUCCUGACAAAAGAGGACAAAUCAGACGCCCCAAAUGGUCAUGAGUACCUUGAGUCUCACAGUAUGCCUAGCGUCUGGACCAGGGCUACAAUUCUCAUCCGGUGUAAUGCCAACAUUCGCGGCCAUUCUGCUAUGACCCGCAAUGUUGUUGACAGUAUGAUCAAAUUGCUCGAGCAUGAUAUUGUACCAGUCAUUCCACUUCGCGGCUCGGUCUCCGCAUCCGGUGAUCUAAUGCCUCUAGCAUACAUCUCUGGGGCAAUUCAGGGGUCUCCAGAUGUCUAUGUGCGCGUAGGUGGUCAAAAGGGAUUACCGCGCGUCAUCACCGCUCAGCAAGCUCUAGAGGAGGCCUCAAUUACACCUAUUGUUCUAGGUCCCAAAGAGGGACUAUCACUCAUCAAUGGAACGGCGGCGGCAGCUGCCGUUGCUAGUAUCGGGUGUUAUGAAGCCAAUCAACUGGCGGUAGUGUCGCAACUGCUGACUGCUUUAACCUCUGAGGCUUUGUAUGCCAACAAUGAGUGGGCACACCCAUUCAUCGCCGCGACACGCCCUCACCAAGGACAGAUUGAGGCUGCACAAAACAUGCGAACAUUCUUGCGAGGCUCAAAGCUAUCCUAUGGUUUGGAGCAGACAAAAGAUCGAUUCUCAUCGGGGUUGGCCCAAGAGCGCUAUGCGUUAAGAAGCUCACCACAAUGGCUCGCGCCACAGCUCGAGGACCUUCUUAGCGCGGAGAAGCAGCUCCAUGUUGAACUCAACUCGACUUCUGAUAAUCCAGUUGUUAAUUCUCUCGACAACGAUAUCCAUUGUGGUGCAAACUUCCAGGCCGCCUCAGUCACCUCCGCCACGGAGAAGAUCCGUCUGGCAUUGCAAUCAAUUGGCAGGAUGCUUUUCAGCCAGACUAGCGAAAUGAUCAAUCACGACCUAAGCAAUGGUCUCCCACCCAAUUUGGCGGCAGAUGACCCCAGCAUCUCUUUCUGCCUAAAGGGCCUCGACAUCAACACUGCCGCAUAUACCUCGGAGCUCGGGUUCCUUGCCAAUCCAGUCAGCAACCAUGUCCAAACGGCAGAGAUGAACAACCAAGGCAUCAACUCACUAGGACUCCUCUCUGCACGCCAGACGAUGGCUUCUGUCGAGGUGCUGUCCAUGAUUGUCGCUAACUCCCUAUACACUGGCUGCCAGGGGGUGGACCUGCGAGCCCUCCACCGAACCUUUAUUGCCAAUUUAGAAAAUCCCGCCCGCCAGCUUGUUGUGGGCUUUUUACCAAACGAGAGCUGGCCCGUGGCCACCGCGCACAAAUUCUUCAACUCAUUCUGGAAACUCUUUGAGGAGGCGUGGUACGAUACUGUCGCUUACGACGCGCCGGAACGAGCGCGGAAGGCAUCUGAGUCGCUCACAACAGCUAUUGUGGCGCAUGCCGACCAGAUACCCGCUCUGGUCUCGAUUGAGAAUGUUGCGGGACUCUCUAAAGACUUUGAAGCUCUUGUCCUGGACUCGUACCUGACUCACCGCGAAGCUUUCUUCCGAAAUCCUACCACUUCUGAAUAUCUGGGACAGGGAACCAAGGCCAUUUAUCUUUUCGUGCGCGAGAAGUUGGGCGUGCCCAUGCACAGAGGCUUGAUUGAACACCCUGUUGCAGGAGACAAGGACGGAAAUAUGAUCGACGGUCGCCCCAAGAAGACAAUUGGAUCUUGGGUUUCGAUUAUUUAUGAAGCUGUUCGUAGUGGAUCGCUGUAUUCAGAGGUGUUUGAAUUUUUGCAGGCUGCGGGGGAUGUCAAAGGAAGCAAAUUGAGCAAAGGGACAAAUGGAACCAACGGAACCAAUGGUAUUCAUUAG